ACACACGCACCUGACAGAGGAGAGCGGGCAGCCCACGGUAGUGAGUGUGUGUGGCGUGAGUGCGGGUAUGUGUUUUCGCCUCUCUCAGCCAUGUGUGAGUGUCUGCGGGGGAUUUUUCGGGUCACCUGGACGCCCUCGUCUCGCGCAGACUCAGAGACUGAAGUGGAGGACAGUCAUGGUCAUCCACAGCCUAAAGGUCCAGCUGUAAAAGAUAAAAAGCGGUCCCCUCCUUCGGACAGGUCUCCCUCUGCCCCUCAGCUCAGCCAGCACCACUGCAUCUCCCCUGACGAGCAGGACAGUCCAGAAAGAGUUGUUCAGAAGGAGAAACUUCAUGCAGAACUAAAGCAAGUUCUGAGUCAAAAGAGAAUCCAUCUGAAGGAGAGUCACUCUACGCUUGCAGAGAUGGAUCCUUCAGAAAAGAGUAGCGACUCUUCGGAAGAAGGCCGUAGGUCUGCGCUAGUGGAGGUGGUGAUGGAGACGGAGGCUGGAGCAGGAGCCAGCGGUUACAGUGUUGUCGGUGGAGGAGAAAGGGGCAUCUUCAUCCAGGAGGUUCUGAAAGAUUCCCCGGCAGCAAAGCAACUGAGCCUCCAAAAAGGAGAUCAGCUGCUUAGUGCCAGGGUGUAUUUUGAUAACGUGAAAUAUGAGGAUGCUCUGAAGAUUCUUCAGUGUGCAGAGCCUUACAAAGUGUCAUUCUUCUUGAAGAGGACUGUGCCUCAAAUUGAAGUCAGUGGUCGUCCAGGUGCACCAAAUGUUGAGCUACGAGGACCUAAGGCCAAGAUCCAAAGAAUGAGUGUCAAAAGUGUUAAACCAUUCAAAGCAAAAAAGAAAAGAGGAGGAAGAUUUGGACUGAAAAGACUGAAAGAGAACAAGAAAGCAAGAGGAGUAGCAGAAAUCGACGUUCAGGGUUCACCAUCUAGACUGGAGUUCAAUCCUGUCGAUGUGGAGUUUGCAUUUCCGAAGUUUCGACUGAGGAAUCGUGGGAAGGCUUCUGCGGAGGGAUCCGGACAACUAGAAAGCGUGAUCACAAGUGGCAAGAAGAAAAGGAAGAUCAGAUUUCCAAGAAUGAAAGCCAAGUCCACUGCAGGUGCUGUAGGAGGGGGAACCAUAGACAUUUCAACACCAGAAGGAGAAGCAGAGAUAUCUGGAGCAAAGAUUAAAUCCAAAGGAAAAGGCCCAAAGUUUGGAAUGCAUUUUCCACAGACAAAAAAAUCUAAAAUAGAUUCAUCAGAUGUCACAUUAAAAGGUCCUGAUGGGAAAUUUAGACCUUCUGUGGAAUUUGAUCUCAGUUUGCCUAAAGGUGACGUGGAUGCUAAGGGUAAAGUAGGAGGCCCUGAAGUGAAGACAGAUUUGGAUGGCUCUGAUACCAAGAUGAAGAUGCUAAAAGUGAAAAUGCCAAAGAUAAGACUCUCUCGUCAUUCAGAUGAGAUUGAUGGUGAUGUCACUGCAAAAAUGGAAGCAUCUGAAAAAGCUAAAUUAAAGAUGCCAACAAUUGAUAUUGCUGCCCCGAAUGUGGAUGUGGACUUGCAUAUUCCAAAGGUUACCGGAACUGCCGAUUUCAAAGAUGUUGAAACGCCUGAUCCUAAUGUGAAAGGCAUGAAAAUCAGCCUGCCUGAUGUUGACAUAUCACUACCAAAACUACCAAUUCUAGACACAAAGCUAAAAUCUGGAGAUGAAAUUGAUGGGUCCAUGGUAAAAGGGCCAAAAUUCAACAUUGCAAUGCCCAGUAUAGACACAUCAGGCAUGGAUAUGAGUCUCCCAUCAGUUGACAUCUCCAUUCCAAAGAUAACUGGAAAAGGCACUGAUAUUGAAACACAUGCAAAUACAGGGGCAAAAUUUGACAUGCCAAAAUUGGACAUCUCCCUUCCCAAAAUAUCAUGUCCUGAAGGCAAGGUAUGUGUUGAAGGACCUGAUGUAAAAGGAAAAGAAUUUCAUAUGCCAUCAAUUGAUAUUUCUUUGCCAAAAGGAAACCUGAAGGGAGAUGUUUCUUCUGAGACUGAAGGAGGCAAGUUUCAAAUGCCUCACGUGGAUCUUUCUCUUCCUAAAAUGAAAUUACCACAAGGUGAAGUCAGUGUUGAAGGACCUGAGAUCAAAGGUGGUGGAAAAUUUAGUAUGCCUUCAGUUGAUCUUUCACUACCAAAAGGCAAAGUCGAGGUUGAGGGAAAAUCUGCAAAAGAAGGAAAAUUUAAGAUGCCUAAAGUGGAUGUCUCUCUUCCCACAGUAAAAUUACCAGAAGGUGAAAUCGAUGUUGAAGGAGGCGACAUAAGAGGAGGAAAAUUCAAUAUGCCAUCAAUUGACAUUUCACUUCCAAAAGGAAAAAUAGAGGGAGAUGCAAAUUUAGAAGGAAAUGCUAACAAAGGAAAGUUUCAGAUGCCUCAGAUUGACUUAUCUUUACCCAAGGUUCAGCUCCCCUCUGUAGAUAUAAAUGUAGAAGGACCUGAGUUAAAAGGUGGAAAAAAAGGUAUGCCAUCUAAAGGAAAUCUUGAUACGAAAAAGGGUGGGAAGUUUAAAAUGCCCAAAUUCAACAUUGGUUUACCACAAAUAAAAUCAGGAAGUGGUGAAAUCAGCACUGAAGGCCCUGAUGUCAAGCCUGGGAAAUUUCAAAUCCCAUCUGUUGACAUUUCACUACCAAAAGGAAAAGCUGAAGGAGAAAUUGGCUUAGAAGGACAUUCCGGGAAGGGAGGAAAAAAGAUUGAACUACCAAAAGUUGACAUUUCUUUACCAAAAAUGAAAUUACCUGAAGGUGAAAUCAACGUUGAAGGUCCAGAGAUCAAGGGAGGAAAGUUUCAUAUACCGGACAUAGACAUCUCAUUGCCCAAAGGAAAAGUAAAAGGAGCUGCUCAUAUUGAAGGUGAUGCUGGUAAAGGUGGGACAUUCCAUAUGCCACAAAUUGAUAUUUCCCUACCAAAAAUGAAAUCUCCAGAGGUAGAUGUAAACAUUGAAGGGUCUAAAGGUGGAAAUAUCAAUCUCCCAACUGUUGAGCUUUCUCUGCCUCAAGGAAAAGUGGAGGGAGAUGUUGAUGCUGGACUUUCUGGGAAAGGAGGAAAGUUUGAAAUGCCUAAAUUUGGCGUAUCUCUGCCUAAAGUGAAGGCUCCUGAAAUUGAUAUUUCUUUGCCAAAGUUUACAUUACCAGAGGGUGAGAUAAAUAUUGAAGAUCCAGAUGUCAAACCAGGAAAAUUCAGCUUGCCAUCUGUUGACAUUUCACUACCAAAAGGAAAAGCUGAAGGACAAAUUCAUAUGCCAGACAUUGACAUCUCAUUACCCAAAGGAAAAGUCAAGGGAGGUGCUGAUCUCAAAGGGGAUGCUGGUAAAGGUGGGUUUCAUAUGCCCCAAGUUGACUUUUCCCUACCAAAAAUGAAAUCUCCAGAAGUGGAUCUAAACAUUGAAGGGCCUAAAGGGGGAAAGGUCAAUCUGCCAACUGUUGAGAUUUCUCUGCCUCAAGGAAAAGUGGAGGGAGAUCUUGAUGCUGGACUUUCCGGGAAAGGAGGAGGAAAGAUUGAAAUGCCAAAACUUGACAUCUCCUUACCAAAAAUGAAACUACCUAAAGGUGAAAUCAAUGUGGAAGGUCCAGAGAUCAAAGGAGGAAAGUUUCACAUGCCAGACAUUGACAUCUCAUUGCCCAAAGGAAAAGCGAAAGUUGGUGCUCAAAUUGAAGGGGAUGCUGGUAAAGGUGGAAAGUUUGAAAUGCCCAAAUUUGAUGUAACUAUGCCUAAAGUGAAGGCUCCAGAAAUUGAUAUUUCUUUGCCAAAGAUGAAGUUACCAGAGGGCAGUGUUGAAGGUCCAGAUGUCAAACCUGGAAAAUUCACCUUGCCAUCUGUUGACAUUUCACUCCCAAAAGGAAAAGCUGAAGGAGAAAUUCAUAUGCCAGACAUCUCAUUACCCAAAGGAAAAGUCAAGGGAGGUGCAGAUUUCAAAGGAGAUGUUGGUAAAGGUGGGAAGUUUCAUAUGCCCCAAGUUGAUUUUUCCCUACCAAGAAUGAAAUCUCCAGAAGUGGAUCUAAACAUUGAAGGGCCUAAAGGGGGAAAGGCCAGUCUGCCAACUGUUGAGAUUUCUCUGCCUCAAGGAAAAGUGGAGGGAGAUCUUGAUGCUGGACUUUCUGGGAAAGGAGGAAAGAUUGAAAUGCCAAAACUUGACAUCUCCUUACCAAAGAUGAAAUUACCUAAAGGUGAAAUCAAUGUGGAAGGUCCAGAGAUCAAAGGAGGAAGGUUUCACAUGCCAGACAUUGACAUCUCAUUGCCCAAAGGAAAAGCAAAAGUUGGUGCUCAAAUUGAAGGGGAUGCUGGUAAAGGUGGAAAGUUUGAAAUGCCCAAAUUUGAUGUAACUAUGCCUAAAGUGAAGGCUCCAGAAAUUGAUAUUUCUUUGCCAAAGAUGAAGUUGCCAGAGGGCAGUGUUGAAGGUCCAGAUGUCAAACCUGGAAAAUUCACCUUGCCAUCUGUUGACAUUUCACUACCAAAAGGAAAAGCUGAAGGAGAAAUUCAUAUGCCAGACAUCUCAUUACCCAAAGGAAAAGUCAAGGGAGGUGCUGAUUUCAAAGGAGAUGUUGGUAAAGGUGGAAAGUUUCAUAUGCCCCAAGUUGACUUUUCCCUACCAAGAAUGAAAUCUCCAGAAGUGGAUCUAAACAUUGAAGGGCCUAAAGGGGGAAAGGUCAGUCUGCCAACUGUUGAGAUUUCUCUACCUCAAGGAAAAGUGGAGGGAGAUCUUGAUGCUGGACUUUCUGGGAAAGGAGGAAAUAUUGAAAUGCCAAAACUUGACAUCUCCUUACCCAAAAUGAAAUUACCUAAAGGUGAAAUCAAUGUGGAAGGUCCAGAGAUCAAAGGAGGAAAGUUUCACAUGCCAGACAUUGACAUCUCAUUGCCCAAAAGGAAAGCGAAAGUUGGUGCUCAAAUUGAAGGGGAUGCUGGUAAAGGUGGAAAGUUUGAAAUGCCCAAAUUUGAUGUAACUAUGCCUAAAUUGAAGGCUCCAGAAAUUGAUAUUUCUUUGCCAAAGAUGAAGUUACCAGAGGGCAGUGUUGAAGGUCCAGAUGUCAAACCUGGAAAAUUCACCUUGCCAUCUGUUGACAUUUCACUACCAAAAGGAAAAGCUGAAGGACAAAUUCAUAUGCCAGACAUUGACAUCUCAUUACCCAAAGGAAAAGUCAAGGGAGGUGCUGAUUUCAAAGGAGAUGUUGGCAAAGGUGGGAAGUUUCAUAUGCCCCAAGUUGACUUUUCUCUACCAAAAAUGAAAUCCCCAGACGUGGAUCUGAACAUUGAAGGGCCUAAAGGGGGAAAGGUCAGUCUGCCAACUGUUGAGAUUUCUCUGCCUCAAGGAAAAGUGGAGGGAGAUCUUGAUGCUGGACUUUCUGGGAAAGGUGGAAAGUUUGAAAUGCCUAAAUUUGAUGUAACCAUGCCUAAAAUGAAGGCUCCAGAAAUUGAUAUUUCCCUGCCAAAGAUGAAGUUACCUGAGGGUGAAGUUCAAGGCCCAGAUGUCAAAACUGGAAAAUUCAGCCUGCCAUCUGUUGACAUUUCACUACCAAAAGGAAAAGCCGAAGGAAAUAUUGGCAUUGAAGGACAUUCAGGGAAAGGAGGAAAGAUUGAAAUGCCAAAGUUUGACAUUUCCUUGCCGAAAUUUAAAUUACCUGAAGGUGAAACCAAUGUGGAAGGUCCGGAGAUCAAGGGUGGAAAGUUUCAUAUGCCCUCUAUUGAUAUCUCUCUCCCAAAAUCUAAAGUAGAGGGAGAUGUCAGUCUAGAUGGACAAAGCAAAAAAGGAGGCAAGUUUACAAUGCCGAAAUUUGACAUUUCAUUACCACAGAUGAAAUCAUCAGGAGGCGACAUCAGUGUUGAAGGACCCGACGUUAAAGGUGGAAAGUUUCAUAUGCCAGACAUUAACAUCUCGCUGCCCAAAGGAAAAGCAAAAGGGGAUGCUCAUAUUGAAGGGGAUGCUGGUAAAGGUGGGAAGUUUCAUAUGCCCCAAGUUGAUUUUUCCCUACCAAAAAUGAAAUCUCCAGAAGUGGAUCUAAACAUUGAAGGGCAUAAAGGGGGAAAGGUCAGUCUGACAACUGUUGAGAUUUCUCUGCCUCAAGGAAAAGUGGAGGGAGAUCUUGAUGCUGGACUUUCUGGGAAAGGAGGAAAGAUUGAAAUGCCAAAACGUGACAUCUCCUUACCAAAAAUGAAAUCACCUGAAUGUGAAAUCAAUGUGGAAGGUCCAGAGAUCAAAGGUAGGAAGUUUCACAUGCCCGAUAUUGACAUCUCAUUGCCCAAAGGAAAAGCAAAAGUAGGUGCUCAAAUUGAAGGAGAUGCUGGUAAAGGUGGAACGUUUGAAAUGCCCAAAUUUGAUGUAACUAUGCCUAAAAUUAAGGCUCCAGAAAUUGAUAUUUCUUUGCCAAAGGUUAAGUUACCUGAGGGUGAAGUUCAAGGCCCAGAUGUCAAAACUGGAAAAUUCACCUUGCCAUCUGUUGACAUUUCACUACCAAAAGGAAAAGCUGAAGGAGAAAUUCAUAUGCCAGACAUCUCACUACCCAAAGGAAAAGCAAAGGGAGGUGCUGAAUUCAAAGGUAACGCUGGUAAAGGUGGGAAGUUUCAUAUGCCCAAAAUUGACAUUUCCCUACCAAAAAUAAAGUCUCCAGAAGUGGAUAUAAAUGUUGAAGGGCCUAAAGGGGACAAACUCAAUCUGCCAACUGUUGAGCUUCCUCUGCCUCAAGGAAAAGUGCAGGGAGAUGUUGAUGCUGGACUUUCUGGAAAAGGAGGAAAGUUUGAAAUGCCCAAAUUUGGCGUAUCUCUGCCUAAAGUGAAGGCUCCUGAAAUUGAUAUUUCCUUACCAAAGAUUUCAUUACCAGAGGGCAAGGUAAAUGUUGAAGGUCCAGAUGUCAAAACUGGACAAUUCAACUUGCCAUCUCUUGAUAUUUCACUACCAAAAGGAAAAGCUGAAGGAGAAAUUGGCCUUGAAGGACAUUCUGGGAAAGGAGGAAAGUUUGAAAUGCCAAAGCUUGACAUCUCCUUACCAAAAAUGAAACUACCUGAAGGUGAAAUCAAUGUGGAAGGUCCUGACAUAAAAGGAAGCAAAUUUACAAUGCCCAAAAUUGACAUUUCAUUACCACAAAUGAAAUCAUCCGGAGGUGACAUCAGUGUUGAAGGACCCGACGUUAAAGGUGGAAAGUUUCAUAUGCCCCAAGUUGACUUUUCCCUACCAAAAAUGAAAUCUCCAGAAGCGGAUCUAAACAUUGAAGGGCCUAAAGGAGGAAAAGUCAGUCUGCCAACUGUUGAGAUUUCUUUGCCUCAAGGAAAAGUGGAGGGAGAUCUUUCAGGCAAAGGAGGAAAGUUUGAAAUGCCUAAAUUUGAUGUGUCUCUGCCUAAAAUGAAGGCUCCAGAUAUUGAUAUUUCCAUGCCAAAAAUUAAGUUACCUGAAGGCAGUGUUGAAGGCCCAGAUGUAAAAACUAGAACAUUCAACCUGCCAUCUGUUGACAUUUCACUACCAAAAGGAAAAGCUGAAGGAGAAAUUGGAAUUGAAGGACAUUCAGGGAAAGGAGGAAAGCUCGAAAUGCCAAAACUUGACAUUUCCUUGCCUAAGAUGAAAUUGCCAGAAGGUGGUGAGGUACAUAUGCCAUCUAUUGAACUUUCUUUACCAAAAAUGAAAUCAUCUGAAGGAGAAAUUAAACUUGAAGGACCUGAUGCCAGUAUUAGUGGGGGUACAGGUGGAAACAUAAAACUGCCAACUGUGAAGCUACCAACUGUUGACAUAUCAGCACCAAGAGUUGACUUGGACUUUGGCCUUCCAAAAGGAAAAUCAGAAGAUACAGAAGAUAUUCAGCUUCUUAAAGCUGAAGGCAGUAGACCAUCAUCUGGGGCAAGUUUUGAAGUCCCAGAUGUCACUUUAAAAAUACCAAAAAUAUCACUUCCUAAAUUUGGUGGAAAAUUUAAAAGUGGAGAAGUAGAUAAUCCUGGCCUAUCUGUUGAUCUGGAUGCUGAUAGACGCUCCCCAUCUGUAGAGAUUGACACUGAUGGAAAAAUAAAGGGCAAAGUAAAGAAGCCUAAAAUCAAAAUGCCCUCAUUUGGUAUAUCAAAAAAGGAUGUAGAUGUAAGUGGUCCAGAGAUUGAAAUGAAGAUGAAAGUGGGAAAAGGCGACAUUGCUAAACCAGAAAUCAAAGUGGAAGGCCCUGAGGACAAAGCUAAAUACAAACUCAAAUUCCCAAAAUUUAAAAUGCCCAAGGUAAAAGUGCCAGAAGUGGAUAUUGAUGCUUCACUUGAUGUGGGAGGAGAAGGGAAAGGUGAUUUUAAGGCUCCAUCAUUGGAGACAAAAGGAAAGGUCAAAAUGCCGUCAGUUGAGAUUUCCUUGCCAGCAGCAAAUAUACCAGAGCGUGAGGCAUUAUUACCAAAGUCAGAGGUUGACGUGUCUGAGGCAGACAUCAAGGGUUAUGAAGGUGGCUUAAAAAUUCCGAAGAUGCCGACAAUUGACAUAUCAAUACCAAAAGUUGAUUUGGAUGUUGCCUUACCAAAGGUAAAACAUGAUGCAUCAACUGACUCCAGUUCUAAAGAUAUCAACAUUGAAAUUAAUAAGCCAAAGAUGCCACAUAUAAAAAUGCCAAAAGUAGACAUAUCCUUACCACAAGGCAAAACAGGGGGAAUAAAGACAUCAGAACUGGAGGUAGAAGGCAAAGGCGGCAAGUUCAAAAUGCCAAAAAUUACAGUGCCAACAGUGGACAUAUCGCUACCCCAAGGGAAAACUGGAGACGUGUCUGCAGCAGAUCUGGAGGUGGACAAAGGUGGAAGAUUUAAAAUGCCUAAUGUUAAAAUGCCAAACAUAGAUAUUUCUCUACCCCAUGGCAAGAUAGACAUAGAUACCCCAGAUCUUGAAACUGAAGGACAUGAUAGGAAAUUCAAGAUGCCAAACAUUACAGUUCCAACAGUAGAUAUAUCCCUGCCUAAAGGCAGAACGGUAGACGUGGACGCACCAGACCUGAAUGUAAAAGGAAAAGGUGGAAAGGUAAAGAUACCUAAAGUAGAUCUUUCACUACCCCAUGGAGAAGUAAAGAUUGAUACUCCAGAUUUAGGCACUGAAGAACAAGAUGGGAAAUUUAAGAUGCCAAAAAUUACAAUACCAACAGUCGACAUAUCUCUGCCCAAAGGCAAAGUAGCUGAAAUGAGUGCCCCAGACCUAGAAGUUGGAGUAGGUGGGAAAUUAAAGAUGCCAGACAUUAAAAUGCCAAAGUUAGAUAUUUCACUACCCCAGGGGAAGACAACAGAUGUCAAAUAUGAAGCUGAAGCCAAAGGUGGGAAAUUCACAAUGCCCAAAAUCACAAUGCCUGCAGUAGACAUUUCAUUGCCUCAUGGACGUACAGGACACUUCAGUCCACAAGAAAUGGAAGCUGAUGGAAAGGGUGGAAAAUUCAAGAUGCCCAAAGUUAAAAAAGGAGAUGCUGAUAUACCACAACUGGAAGUUGAGGGAGGUAAAUUUAAUAUGCCCAAUAUUAAAAUGCAAAAAGUAGAUAUAUCUCUACCUGAAGGAAAAUCAGGAAACAUUGAAGUUCCAGAGAUUGAGGGAGGAGGAAAAUUCAACAUGCCAAAAAUUACAUUGCCAACCGUUGACAUAUCCAUACCCAAAGGCAAAACAGGUGACAUUGAUGUUCAAAAUCCAGAAGUUGGAGCAGGUGGAAAAUUUAAGAUGCCAGAAAUCAAGAUGCCAGAAGUAGAUCUUUCAUUGUCCACAGGAAUUAAAGGGAGAGCAGAAUCUCCUGAAGUGGAUGUUGAUGAAAGAACAGGCAAAUUUAAGUUACGUAAUGUAAAGUUUCCCCAAAUAGAUAUUUCAAAACCUCAUGGAAAAGGAGCAGAUGUUGAUACUUCAAACCUGGAAUUGAAAGGGAGAGGUGGAAAAUUUAAGAUACCUGAUGUUGAAAUGCCCAAAAUAGAUAUUUCACUACCUCGUGGUAAAGUGAAUAUUGAUACUCCAGAUGUGGAAGCAGAAGGGAAAGAUGGAAAAUUCAAGAUGCCAAAUAUUACAGUGCCAACAUUGGACAUAUCAUUGCCCAAAGGGAAGAAACCAGAAAUUGUUGGUCCUGAAUUAGAAGCUGAGGGAGGUGGAAAGUUAAGAAUGCCAGAUAUAAAAUCUAAAAUACCACAAAUAGAUAUUUCACUACCAAAAGGAAAGACGUCAGACAUUGGAAUUCCAGAAUUGGAGCUUGAGGAGAAAGAUGGAAAAUUCAAGAUGCCAAAAGUCACAAUUCCAUCAGUAGACAUUUCAUUACCUCACGGCAAAAAAGGAGAGUCAGAAGCUUUAGACAUAGGAGGAGGAGGAGAUGCAAAGUUUAAUAUGCCAGAUAUUAAAUUGCCAAAAGUAGACAUCUCAGUUGCUAAACUAAUGUCUGGGGAUGUAAAUGCACCAGGUCCUGCUGGUAGUGUCAGCACUGGCCAAGCCAAAGUGGAAGGGGGAGGCGCAUUUAAAAUGAAAAUGCCAACAAUAGAGAUAGAGGGCCCAAAAGGGCAUCUGGAAUUAGAUAUGGGUUUACAAAAAGAAGAAAGACAAUCGAUUGAGUUACCAGAUGUUGACCUUAGCCCAACUAAGGGAAAAGUAAAGGGGCCAAAAGUUAAAGGCACAAAGUUCAACAUUGGAAUGCCAAAAGUUAAGUCUUCAGGACUGGAGACAGAUUUAAGUAAGUCAGAAAAGGUGGAAGCAGGGAUUGGUGGAGGAGUCAAGAUUAAAAAGCCUAAAGGGGGAGAAGUUGAUUUGGACAUACAUGGUGGUCAGGAUUCAUCCUCAAAACUUCCUAAAAUCAAGCUUCCUGAGGUAGAGAUCUCUGGUUCUCUUAUAAAGGGUAAAGGCCAAAGAAAGUCAGGGUCUACAGAGCCCUCUGUUGAAGAGACCGGUUCAGGUCAUGGGUUCUCAUUGCCCAAAAUUGAGAUAAAAACACCAAAUAUUCCGGAAUUGGAUUUUGAUAUUGGGACGGCACAAGAUGACUCUGCCGAUGAAAAAGAGCAUACAAAAUCUAGCACCACAGUCAAAAUACCAAAGUUUGGUGUGGCUCUCCCAUCUUUAAGCUCACCAGAAGCCAAAGUCAACAUUAAGUCACCCAAGGGUAAAGGCUAUUCAAUCAUCACUAGCCCAGAGGUAGAGUAUGAGAGCCCUCCUAUGCCAAAAGUGAAGAAAGCAGUUUUCGUUUUGGUUAAUCCCCAAGCAGAGGGUUCUGCUGAUCUAGCUGGUGAAGUAGGUGCAGAAGCUGGCGAUGUGAAAGCCAAAGGGUCAAAGCUCAAACUGAAGCCAAGUUUUGGAAAGUCACAAUCGAAAGGCAGGGGAACAUCUGUCAACGGCGAUGAGGAAACAGAAGGACAAACUAAGGCAAGCAAAUUUAAGAUGCCCAAAGUUGAAUUUUCCUCAAUAAAAACAGGAGCUUAUGAUGAAGAUUCCAGUGUUAAUAGUGACAAAGAUGACAAAGCAUUUGGAAAACUGAAGUUGCCCAAAGUUGAGUUUUCCUCACCAUACUCAAAAGAUGAUGGUGAAGAGGAAGACUUGGAAAUGGGCGUGAAAUUGGGCAAGAAAGACAAAUCAGGAGACAGCAAGGGCACCAAAGGAGCAAAGACGAAACCAGGGAAGAUCUCAUUUCCAGGGUUUAAGAAGAAAACAGUAAAGACUGAGGAAGCGACUGAGAGUAGCAUUGUGGUGUCUUCAAGGGCUAGGACAGAAAUGUUAGAAGAACGGGAGGACUCAGAAUCCCCCAUCCCCAAGAUCUCGCUUGGCUUUCUCUCAGGGAAGACUUCUGGCCAAAGAGAGGAUGAAUUUGAAGAGUACAGUAGAACCAGCAGGCAACUGGAACUGGAAGAGACUGAGGAAUCCAGUUGGUUCAAAGUACCCAAAGUCACUCUUAGCCCUCAAAGCACCGGCACAGUGCAAAUCACACCGGAGGGAUCUCCAAAGGGAAGCUAUGGUUCCUAUGGUGGAGAAGCUUCAGGAGGUUUCUACAUGAGAAUGCCAAAGAUAGACUUCUCUACCGAAGAGUCUUCAUCAGAGCACACGGUCACGACAACGAAGGAAGGGACACUUACUGUAGUAACGAAAAUGUCAAAAUGUACCGUAACCGAAUCAAAAAGUAGCAGCUCAACUACACACUGGAGUCAGUAAAUUUGGAGGGAGAUCAGUAAUAUAUGUUUUUUAUAUGUGACAGACUUUGUUUUAGUGGUUUUUAUUUGGUUUACCCUAUUUAUUUAUUUCUCUUCAUAAAUUAUGUUGGCACACACAUACAAGAGCAAUAUUUAUAGAAGACCUUUAUUUUGAUAGUUUUACUCUUACAUAUUAUUCUUCAAACAGUGUUUGGUAUAGUUGUAAACAUGUGUAGUAAUUCUCACACACAUCACACUGUCACACUGGCUGUAGAUAAUAUAAAUACACACACGACUGGGUGGUGUUUUUGGAAAGUUCAUGAAGGUUUGAGAUUUUGAGAAGUGUUGCAUUCAGCUUAAUCUCGCUUAAGGCAGUUUGAGGAUGUUUUUUUGCUUUUUUAAGACUUAUUUCACUGGUGUGAGUUUGUUUUUUGUAUGAAUGCUAAAUAAACAGUAAUGGGCAGUUUUCCAGACAGGGAUUAAGCCUAGUCUUGGACUACACAAUAUUUUAAAUGGAGAUUUUCCAUUGAAAUAAAUAUAUAGUUAAUAACUAGGCUUAAUUCCUGUAUAGGAAACUGCCUCUAUGGUUUUUCAGUAGAGAAUGAUAGACAGUGUUUCAUAUGUAUUGACAUAACCUGUAUAUAUUAUAUAUAUUGUGCUAUAUUUAAUUUGUAGUGGAAAUUAAUUAAACGGUUAAAAAGAUAAAUAAACAGAAUAAAACCAGCCUUUUUCUAAUGCUAAUGUGAUGCUGUACAAUGACAACAUUUCUGUGUUGAAGGGAAUGCUUUGAGUUGAAAUGAAAUGUGAGUGUGAAAUUCUCUGGUUUAUUUUUUCAUUAACUCCUGAGUUGAGGAUUGAAGCAGGUAGCAGUUUCACUGUAUAGUUUUAAGAGUUUGUAGUACUGAUGAGCAUGUCUGAUUUUUUUGUUUGUUUUUUUGAACUACAAUUUCUUAUUUGGAUGGAAUAAAAAGGAAUUAAAAAUUUUAACAUCUGAUAA